AAGAGCUCAACUAUCAUAAAAUACAGAUCAAGAUGGAUAAAUUUAUAGGGCAUAGUGAUGAAGAAGAAGAUGGAUUUCAUAGUUUGGGAAGUGACGAGGAACUUUAUUCUGGAAACCCACAGACAUUAGAAUCUGAUGUGGAGUCAGAUGAAGAAGAUCAAAAGACCAAAAAAGUUUCAAAAAAAAACACAUUUGAUGCUUUUGGUGAUGAAGAAGAUGAAGACGAAGAAGUUGAAGAUGAAGAACCCGCACAAGAACGUGAAUCAAAAAAAUCAGAUGAACAAAAAAAUAUCAAUGAGUUAUUUAGAAAAUCAAAACUUUUAAAAUUGAAAGCCAAAAAGCCAAAGGGUAAAACAGGUGUUGUUUAUCUUUCCAAAAUACCUCCAUAUAUGAAACCAGCCAAAAUGAGACAGAUAUUAUCAAGAUUUGGUGAAGUGGAUAGAUUAUUUUUGAAAAGAGAAGCCCAACAUAGAUAUAAGCAACGUUUAAUGCAAGGUGGUAAUAAAAAGAUAAAGUAUGAAGAAGGUUGGGCUGAAUUUAUAAAGAAGAAAGAUGCAAAGAUUUGUGCAGAUUCAUUGAACGGGAAUAAGUUAGGUGGGAAGAAAGGGAAUUUUUAUUAUGAUGAUAUAAUGAAUGUUAAAUAUUUAUCAGGUUUUAAAUGGGCUGAUUUAACUGAACAAAUUUCAAGAGAAAAUGAGAUAAGACAAUCCAAACUACAAAUGGAAAUUUCUCAAGCUGCUAAAUUAAACAAGGCAUUCAUUAGAAAUGUUGAGAAAUCAAAGAUGAUUGAAAACAUUAAAAGUAAAAAGAAGACCGACAAUAAAGAUGCAGCAAAAGAUGAUGAAAUUAGAAGAACUUUUGAACAAAGAAAAGUUAAUACAACUAGAGCUGAUGCUCCUGAGAAAUUCAAAAAGAGUACAACCAACUCUAAGCUGGAUAAUGUCUUGUCUAGAGUGUUUUAA